AUGUCAAAUAUACCAAUACAUUCUCAAGAAUUUGAUGAAUUUGAUGAGUAUGAACUAUCUUCCUUAUACCAAGAUAGAAUAUAUCUGGACAAACCAUACUCAUAUGAAUUAAACCCAGAUGAAUUAUAUGCAUAUGAAUCAUAUCUAUAUCAAGAUGAAUCGUAUCUGGAUGAUUUAUACCAGAAUGAAUCAUAUCCAAGCAAAUCAUUCCAAGAAGA